AUGUAUUCAAGGUGCAAUUUCAGAUAUGCUCGGAAAGUUGGUUUCCCUUCGAUGGAAGCGAUUCGUAGUGUUUUAUUCGGCCAUGAUGAUGAUGAUGACGAGGAGGAGGAGGAGAAUGGUGACGAUGAUGAGGAGGAUGUCGGCGAGGAGGAGGAGGAGAAUGGUGAUGACGAUGACGAUGAUGAGGAGGAUGGUGACGAAGAAAUUGAGAAUUUGGGAGCUGAGGAGCAUAAGAAACUCUUAAGGAAGCGCUUUUGUCCAACAACUUCAGAGCUGAAGGAAGAAGAAGAAGAAGAAGAAGAAGAAGUAGAGCAUCAUCAGGAAGACAUUCCAAGCACUUCAACUGUUGAUGAUCCCAACAGUCGAUGGAGUCCUUCUCCUUGUUCGUGA